CAUAAGCCGCCUGUUGCCGCUUCCGGCGGGGCUGUGCGGGAGCCGGAAGUGGCCUCCGCGGGUGGCGGCGGCGGCGGCGGCGACAUGGCGUCGGGAGGCUCCCCUGUGGACCGGCUGCCUCCGCCUUUCCCCGCGGCGGAGCCUGCGGGCGUCCCGGAGGCGGGCAGCGACUCGGACGGGGAGGACAUUUUCACCGGCAGCUCCGUGAGUGGCUUCCUCGGGGGGGCGCCCUCCCUCCCUCCCUCCCCCUGCUGGGACCCCCACCACCGCCAGAACCCCCGCCUUGUCAGUCGUCGCCCUCCUCCUCCUUCCCCUCAGCGCCGCCUUGAGAAGUUUCUGCGGACUUGGCCACGGGCGAGGAGGGGCCACGGCGGGUCCGGUGCGCCCGUGCAUCGUCUCGCCCGAAGCGGAGCCUCGCAGGGUUCAGUGGGGCUUUGCUACCCCGGAAAUUGUGUGUGUGUGUGGAGCAGAAAAUAUUAAAAAUAAAUUUAAGGAACCGCAGGAAGAGGGAGGGGGAGGGAGUCAAUUGACUGCAAAUGACUGCAAACUUAAUGAAAUGCAUAAAACUGAAAAUCAUAAUUAUAUAUAUAUAUGAGAAAUUAUGUGUGUAGGAUUGCAAACUUAAUGGCAGUGCAAGCUUUCGGAAACGGGCUGCAAACUGCCCACUUCUUUAGUUUCCACGAAGUUGUUCAGCAAGGGUGUGCAUGCGAGUGGGAAGGUGCGGUUGGUCUGCUUGUGUUGUUUUCGUCGUGCAUUUUGUGUUGUGCUUUUGUGCUGUAAGGCGUUCUGUGACCUUCCAGUGAAAGAUGGUGUACGAAUUCCAUAAAGAAUCAUGCAUGUGGUGCUGGAAGGGCUAAAUGGCCAAUAUCUUACCCAUUUCCCCUCCCCCUUCCUGUACCUGCCUUCCGAGGGUAGCCUAUUUAUGCAGUCUUCCUGUACUCUGUUACUUGAAGAUGUGUUAUGAUAAACCUGGUGGCAUUUAAAGUGCCACAAGGUUCUUUAUUGGUUUUCCUGCAAUAGAGUGGGCAUGGCUUCCUCUCAGAAUGCUGCAGAUUGAUUGAUUGUAAGGAUAUGGUGAUGGGAAAUCAAAUCUUGGACUUAUGUUAUGAAUCUGUUGCAUGGUGGAGGCUUGGAAGCAGUUUAAAUCUAGAACAUAAAAUCAUCUUUGCCCCCUCUUUUGGAUGGCUGGAGGUCCCACUGGUGUUGACUGUUUGAUCAAAGUUCUAGACUUGGGUUGAGUUCAGGUCUAGGUUUCAAUUCAACCACCCUGAGCCUGGGGAGGGCGGGGUAUAAAUAAAUUAUUAUUAUUAUUAUUAUUAUUAUUAUUAUUAUUAUUAAUUCCCAGUUUUGUCCAUUGCAUUAAAGCAGCAGCCUAAUAUGUUACCUCUCUGUAGCUACUUAAUCUAUUAUCUUUUCUCUGUUUCACAGCCUUUCUUUGCUAAUAAGACUUGGCUCUCUAAAUCCCAUGCUGCAUAAGUGCAUAUAUUUUGUAUUCUUCCUAAGAGUUGCUGCUACUGCUUGUCUUAAAAUGAAUUUUGUUCACUUUGAGGCUUGUUUUAUGUUACACUUCUGCUGGAAUACUAGGUCAUACACCUGAUUAGUCUUUAAACACUCGUCUGUCACUUUUGCAUCCUGAGUCAGUGGUAUGUUUUCCACUGAACAGUUAUCCUCUCCAUUAGUCUGAAAAGACUUGAAUUUACUUUAUGUUUAAUUGCUCAAAAGGAGGAUAACUUUAAUCUACUGUCCUCAAAAGGAGGAUAACUUUAAUCUACUGAUUCACAUUCUUACUGUUGCUGGUAAUGACAAUUUUUACCUGUUCUUAUCAACAACAUCCUGAAAAGCCUUUCUUACUGCAUGCAAAAAACUGUGCCCAUGUUCAUUCAACCAUCCUUUGACCAGUCCUGGGGAUGUUCAUCGUGUGAUGGAAUAUAAUUGAUGUGAUGGGAAAAGUUUGGUGCAAUUAAGUUUUUAGCAAAAUUGUCCUAUCCUGAUUCCUUUUUUAGAAGAUUACUGCUACCAAACUUAAGUUAAUGUGAAGGGUACUUGUAAACUGCAAACAGGGCAUAGAAUUCUGCUUGUGGAGCCCCUUUUUUGCAGUGGAUGCCCUAUCUUAUCUAGAUGCAGCUAAUUGGCUAAGAGUCAUAGUUAGUCAAUGUUUACCAGGUCUUAUGUUUCCAGAAAGAAAUGUUUCUUUCAGGUAACAGUCUGUGGGAUAAACUGCAAAACCUAAAAAGUGAAUGGUUUUGAGAUACCCACAUAAAAGGAGAUGAACUUGAAAUUCAGAUUCCUGGCAAGGGGAUGAGGAAGAACUCUGUGGCACCAAUUGACUGGAAAGAAUCAGUAAGCAUGAUGCCGGAAGUUGCUCAAUCUCUGUAGAAAUCAUGCAAAACUUGCAAAACUUCACCAAAAUGACUAGAGCUGUUGGAAAGGCUAGCUUUACUCUGCUCAGUAUUGGUAACUUUCUAAGAAUUCUCCAUGGAUAAUAGUAUAUCUACUUCUGAUCUAAUUCCCCGUCCCCUACAGUACCAUAUUUCUAGCUCUUACUGAUACAGAAAUGCAAGUACCAAAGCAGAAGAAUGGACUAAGGCUCACAACACUGUAUUUUGGGGAACAAUACAGCCUUAUUUAACUGUAGGGCCGCAUGUUGCCAUGAGCUGUGCCUUUUCAUACAGGAUAAAAGAGUGCAGAAACUUGCAGCCUCAAACUUCCAAUCAAGUUUCUGCAACUUGGAACUUCAGGGAGCGCAUAAAACAUAAGAACUUCUUCUGAAGUAGUAUGGCUCUGGCAGAGCUGCAGGGGGCUGAAGCCUUCCAAGGAUUUGUUUGUCGUCAGCAAGCCUUGCUCCUGCAGCUCAUUGCUCUGGCAACAAAGAGUCUGACUUCUAGCCUCAACAGCUCUGUCCAUGGUUGUCUCUUGGGUCUGUGACCCCGUUCAUGCUGCUAUUUUAUUUAUUUAUUUUGAAAUUAGCAACUCAGCCGUGCAAACAGUGUCAGUGCUGUCUCCAGAUACCAGAGCAUUGUGUCUUCAGAAAGCUGUUGGGAAACAGUGGGCCUUUAUAAGCCAGCACUACAAUGACAGAAUAGUGUAAAAUGCACCAAUGUAUGCAUUAUUAAUUCCACCCCAAAGAAGCUUUUUUUUACUUUUAUUCUUCAUAGCUGCUGAGAAGAAACGUACUUCAUGUACUGAAAUGGGAAGGUUUUUUUUAAAAAAAUAAGGGUUUGAAAAACAAUGGGUUUGCAAAAUAAGUGUACCUUUGUAAAGUUGGCAGAGCUUUGUGAAACACAUGGCAUCCAUGUGGCUGAAGGCAUGCAAUGUAUUUUUUCAGGCAUAUACUUCAAUAACAGAUUUAACUUUGUAACAUGUAUAAUAAUUGUUAUCUGUUCUUCUUAGAGCAAGCCAAUGUCGCCUAAGAAAGAGUCGCCUGUACCAGUAAGAACUACCUCCACAGAAAAUGGUGUUCAGGAGGAACAGGAUGAUCAGGACCUAUUCGCAGGUAUGUCUUCUUACCAGGUGUGAUGGUGUAAGUUCUUAAGAAAGCAUGCAUUGCUGUGGAUUCUCCCGUUGCACAGGAGAAGAGGUGCUUUGUGUUAAGGUGUUACAAAGUUGCUAGAAACAAACACCUUGACUUUGCAAGCAAGCCUGUCUGCUGAUAUUCUUCUGCUAAAACCCAUGUAGCAGUUACAGCAGUCUUUUGCUGUUAACCCUUUUGCAGAAAUGGGGCUUUAGAUCUCUCCUAUAGAAAAUCUCUGGACAUGAGCUCAAAAGUUGUGCUGUAGUGGCACUACAGAUCAAGAAAUCUCCAGUUUUAAUUUUGCUUUUACCACAAGCUCAAGGAGGUGAUCUCAGUCUCCGUGCCCUCAUCUGCAACAUGGGGUGGGUGGGAAGUAAUAAUACAGAGUUAUCUUACAUGGUUGUAAGACUUACAGCAUAGCGCACGUGAACAUUUGUAUGAACAUUUAUAUGAACGCUAAGUAGAUAAUAUUAGACACGUAAAUCUGAGCCAAGGAGGAUCAUUGGAGAUUUAAAACCAGGUAGAGUAUUUAACUAGCUGAAAGCUAGUUGGAACAAAUGUAUGGUAUUUCUAAUUCUGGUAAUCUACAUGUUCAAAUUAGGACAGUUUUGUGAUAAUUGCAUGUUCUCCAAGGAGUGCUUAUGCCCAGGCUAGUAGCCGCUCUGUGUUUAGGUUAAUUAAAGGAAGUGAAAUUAGCAGGCCCUCAAGUCUUUGUACUAAACUAUACUUGAAACAUGAAAGCUUCCAAACAGGAAACCCAACCACCUCAUCUGUCGUACGUGUGCCUAGAUAUGUCCCUAGGUCCGGACCACAAUUUACAUGUGUUCCUCUUCUUUUUAAACUGACAACUGGCCAUUUGUUUUCAGAUAGUUUGGGAACUGAUGGGACCUGUUUGCUAACAAGAUGAAGUUUAUGCAAAAUGAAGUUUAUUCUUGUUUUGGUAUUUUGAAAAGGUCAAUAAAAUAAGUUCGGAGAAGAAAACAAAGUUUAUACAUAACCUAAAUGACAGCUUUCAGGUGGCUUCUCAGUGCAGUCCUGACCUCUACUGCUGAAGGCUGCAUACUUCUGGAUGACCGUUGUUUGGACCUGCAGGAGGGGAAAUUGCUGUUGCGCUCAGGUCCUGCUUGCAGUCUUCCUUGGGGCACUGUGAAAACAGGAUACUGAACUAAACAGACCAUUGGCCUGAUCCAGGGGGCUGUUAUGUUCUUAUGGUAUGCAGUAUGACUUAGGCAAUUAUUUCACUAUAAAUCCAUCCAGAAAGAGCAGGAAUUGGUGUUGUGGCCUAGUACAAAGAAGGAGUGCAGCAGCAUUAUAGUUGCAUAUUUAUAUUCCUUGAUCAGAUUUGAUUGCCAAAGAUUACGGCGAAUCUCUAACUUGAAUGCCUGCCACACAGGCUGGAAUUGGGGAGGAUAAUGUCUAGUAGCUCUUCCUGAUACAUUUCUUCUGGCCUAGAAAAACUCAACAUCUUUCCUGAUUCCUAAACCAUUCCGGUUCUCUGCCCCCAGUUAUAAAUCUUAUCCACUUUCAGAUGCCACUGUAGAAUUGUCUCUUGAUAGCACACAAAACAACCAGAAGAAAGAGAUGGCUACUGUGACCGGCCCUGUCCCUUCUUUAGAGAAAACAGCAAAUUUGCCUUCUAAGCCACAGUCAAAAACCUAUGAGGAGGUAAGUGUUUCUGUGACUGUCUAGUCAUAUAAAGGUAAAGGUACCCCUGCCCGUACGGGCCAGUCGUGUCCGACUCUAUGGUUGUGCACCUAUCUCACUUAAGAGGCCGGGGGCCAGCGCUGUCCGGAGACACUUCCGGGUCACGUGGCCAGCGUGACAAAGCUGCUCUGGCGAGCCAGCACCAGCGCAGCACUCGGAAACACCGUUUACCUUCCCGCUAUUUAUCUACUUGCACUUAAGGGUGCUUUCGAAAUGCUAGGUGGGCAGGAGCUGGGACCGAAAGACGGGAGCUCACCCCGCCGCGGGGAUUCGAACCGCUGACCAUGCGAUCGGCAAGCCCUAGGCACUGAGGUUUUACCCACAGCGCCACCCGCAUCCCUCCAAGAUUCACCCUUCCCAGGUGAAUAUACAAUAUAUAACUGACUAUAUGUCUAGUCAUAUAGUCAGUUAUAUAUUGUAUAUUCACCUGGGAACGGUGAAUCUUGGUGACUAUUGUGAAUAGCCUGCUACAUCCCUAAGCUAAUUUCAUACCCACAUCUAACAGGUAAUAUUUAAAAUACAGUGGUACCUCGGGUUAAGAACUUAAUUCAUUCUGGAGGUCUGUUCUUAACCUGAAACUGUUCUUAACCUGAAGCACCACUUUAGCUAAUGGGGCCUCCCACUGCUGCCACGCUGCCGGAGCACGAUUUCUGUUCUUAUCCUGAAGCAAAGUUCUUAACCCGAGGUAAUAUUUCUGGGUUAGCGGAGUCUGUAACCUGAAGCGUAUGUAACCCGAGGUACCACUGUACAUAUAUCCUGCCUUGCAACUUUAAAGCUUACAACAUUUACUAUUUUGUCAAUUAUAUAUAAAUAUUUGGGGGGGGCCCUAUUGAACCUGACAAAUAGAAAAGAACUUACAAAAAUGAGUUUUUUAGGAGACAAUUUUAUAGGAAACGGUAGGUUCCAUAGAAAUGCUUUUGGAGAGGAUACUUCAGAGCUGUGGUACUAUGUUAGAAAUUAUGUUUUUAUGUAUUGAACAUGAAUGAGCUCUACAUGCUGGAGCCUUUAAUCUACCCCCUAACUCUUUUAAUAUUCACACAAUAUUUAAUAUACACACAAAUCUGAAUAUUAUGUUGUGCCUGAUACACGUCGUGACAGAAGUCCCUGGGUUAACUGACUUGAAUGUACUUCUCUUACAGUUGGAAGAAGAGGAACAGGAAGACAAAUUUGAACUUUCAGUGGAAGUGAGUGAUCCUGAGAAAAUUGGUGAGUCACUAUGAAAUGGAAAUUACUUGACAUAAUUAAAGGGGAAAGCUGCAUGGGUAUGUGUUUUGCCUUCCGGGCUGAGGAAGGCUAGUAAUAAAGUUCUGCUUUCGGUGGUGGAGCUCAGAACGGCACUGAUUGAACUGUCAACCCCCAUCACUUACUGUUAUGGAUCAGCUUCAAUACUUUGCUCUUGCUUCUUGCGUAGAAUAGCAGUGCAAGAUUCUGCAAAAGCUUCUUGUUUCUGAAGUUUUUCCUGUUGCCAAAAAUGUGAUAGAAUAGUACUGUCAAGGGAAAAACUGCAUAAAUUGCUGUGUUAACUUCCCACUCCCUUCUGUGCCAUUGUGGGUGAUAGUCGGCUAUUAGCAGCAUAAAUCACCUGGGUUUCUUAACUUGUAUAUGUUCAAGUGUAAUAAGGCUGUACAGUAGAUGCCCAUUCUGAAGCUGGAUGGUCUCAUAUAUUGUGUUCUUGACCAGAAGCUUAAGGCAAUUGUGUUCUGUUACUGCAGGUGCUGAAGUCAUUGCUUCAAGCUUAUUUUCCAAGCAACAGAUGAUCCUUUUAAGUUACACUUUGUGUCUGUUGAGUAAUUAAUAACCUGAAUAUUUAGUUUUUAAUCUGAUUCUAUAGAGGCUUUUGACUGAUGCACAGCUCUAUAGAGGGGUGAAGCAGCAGUACAGCAGUUUGUUCAGCAUCAUCCCUCUCACUCCUGAAUUUCUGUGGUGCUCUUUAAACUGCUCAACAUUUUUAAAAGGCUUUGUGCUUUAAAAAGCAACUUGGGCCCUGAAUACAAGAGCUUGCCUAAAACAAUACCUGCACUUCAGCUACUCUUGUGCCCGAAUUCCCAAAAAUGCUACUUAAAUGAGAGACAGCAGUUUGUUGGGAGCUGGUGUACAGGAACCUUAAAAUUCAAAUGUACAAUGUACAGUAUGCUGGCUUGCACCUUCCUUGCAGCUGUUGGCUGAAUGCACACAACCAUUCUCUGAGGUCCUGACUUAAUACAACCAACUUCCAAUUUACUGGCAUUCAAAGCAUGUGCACCAUUUUCACCUAGCAACACCAGGAGUUGACUUCUUGGAGAGGAAUAUUUCAAGACCAGCUGAGAUGCAGCUAUUUUGCAUAAUAGAUAAUUUGGCACAUAUAUUUUAUUGCAGCUGCACAGAUCCUGCAGGUUUUAUUACUGGAAAGGAUUCUGCAAAAAGAAUUCUGUAUCUAUUUAUGCUACUUGCUUUUAGACUUUCUAUGCUCUGAAAAGCAAGCCGUGUGCAGUGAAGGGAUUCUUUGGCCAGCAUCCUGUGUGUGUUCUUUUUUUUAAAAAAAAAUGCCUUCAGUGCCGUAACAGCUACUUAAUUGUUCAGCCUGGGGCAGAUGUGCAGAGCUCUCCCAGAUCCUAGCAGUAUAACAAGUCACUAAUUAUUAUGUUAGGCUCAUCUUUGUAGGAAGUAGAGACAGUACUUGGCACCACUGAGGAGCCACUAUUGUGUAAGCUUCAGCUGUCAGCAUCCUGUAGCUUGUAUGGUUGGAUAGCUGAAGGAGACCUCCUGGAUCAUCUGAACCACCUCCAUACAUGGGGGAUGACUAGCAAGAUGGAAAAAUACUCAAGUGGGGCUUAUUUAUUCAGUGAAAUGGGAAAUGUUCAGAAUGUUUCAUCCUUGACCGGUUAACUGUUUUCGUCUUUGCUUGCUUACCAGAUCUAACACUCUGUUUUAGUAAACUUUAUUUACAGUAUUACAAACUACCAUGCUUUUCUAAAACCUUCAUUGCAAACUUGUUUCUGGAGUCUUCUAUGGUUCACUGUCCCCUCCACACACACGCUCCACAACAAAAUCAGCUGAUGCACAUAUUAUUCCAGCAGUAGCCUAUUGAAUUCCAAAUGUUUUUGAUAUAGGAAACAUGAGAUGCAGCCCAGAAUUCUGCAUGCCUUUGUUAUAACAUCACAUGGCUCAGCUUGUGAUUCACUCUGCUGCCCAGAAACUUCUCGGCCAGAGCUAUUGCUUAACUAUCUCACUUUUAAAUUGAUUCAUUGUUUAGUGCUUAUAACUUUUCACUUCCUGCCAUUUUUAGCUUCACAUCCCUUUUUCUAUACUUGCUAGUUUGGUAAGUUUACGUUCAGCUUCAGGUAAAUUGUGUCACCUUGCUAGGCUGAAAUAUAGUUGCCCAGCCAUUGUGGAAGUGUGAGUUGUUGCAGGUAAUGUUGAAUUCAAUAUUGGAGGAUUGUCUUCCUGACAGUUUUCUAAAAAGCAAAAUUCUAGGGUCUCACCCAGUAGAAUAGCAUAAGCCAUUUGGGAGCUAAGCAGGACUUCUGGGAAGGUGGAUACUGGGCUACACUGCCUAUUACAGCUUUUUCCAACCCCGCCCCCCCAAAAAACAACCCUGAUUCUUAAUUUCUCGAGGUCACUUCAUGCCUUGAAAUGGUGUGGAGUUCAGUAUGCUUCAAAUGUGCUUUGAGCACAUGUAAACACCACGAUUGCACUAAGAACCUUGCGUAAGGUACACAGGCUAAUCCACAGCCAUGUGAUAAGAUCAAAGCUAGUUUGCAAUUCGUGGCAUGACCCUCAAACAAUCAGCAGAGAUUCUUUAGCUAUCCUGGGCAACAGCCUCCGUUAAUCAGUUUAUCAAGAGCCCACUAGGAGGAGGCAUCCCCACAGCUUCAGUAUGGCAGUUUGCUAGAGACAACUGAAUUUUUCCUUCCUUUCUCCUCCUUUCCAUAGGAGAUGGUAUGAAUGCCUAUGUGGCCUACAAAGUGUCGACACAGGUAUGUCUUACACUCUUUCUUGGUAGCACCAAGUCCAAUCAAUGCAAAGUUCCUUUCAGUUGGCUUUCUGCUUAAAUUGCCUUUCCAUUGGUAUUGCACUGCAAACCUUGGGUAGUCAAUGCACUUUUCAAUCGAUUGAUUACACACCAGUCUCUUUUCUUAGGGUAGCACAGUCAUUUCCCUUCCUACUCUUCCUAUAUUGUUUGGUGCUGGCCUUACAAGGAAGCAGCAGAGGAGUCAGACUCCUGUGGCUUCCAGAGAGUACAUUCUGAAGGAAAAUACAAAAAACACAGUAAGAUGCAUCAAAAAGUUCAGAGGAAAGGCCUUCUCCUCACCCCAACCCCAACCCCCAGACACACACAUCAAAGCAUGAUAUAGAAAAACUGAACUUCUUAAUAAUAAUAAAAAUAUUUUUGCAUGAUUGGAAACUAUUUUAAUAGGGGUGUGGAACCUCUUACACAAGUCUCUUCUUCAGCAUGACAACAUUCCAGUUAAUGGCUAAGAAAUAGAACUUAAAUACCUAGUUACACCAGCAGACUGUUCAACUACAGCUUUGCUUUGCUCAGCUAAGGCCAACUUAAAUUUCUGGAGCUGAGAGUUAAAGGACUUUUUUAUGCUCACUUGGUUCUGGGUAAAUCUCAGUAAGAGGGAAGCUCCUAACAGAAAGCUUUUCUUAAUAUUUUCCAUGAAUAUCUCGAAGCGUCCGCUCUGGAAUCUUUAGUCACAUGCACAUCUCAUGUACUCAGUUUAGUUGAUCAGUUAAAAGACAAGGAGUUGGUGAGUUAAAUCUGCUCAUCCUUUUGCAGCCCAGCCACAGUGCUGGUGGUUUCUGUUCCUGUGUUUCUCCUGUUCCUGCAAAUGAGUUAACAUAUACUGGGCAGGAUCCAAAGAGUUUCAUGAGAGUCUUUGCUUCUGAACAUAACUUCUUCAUGCUGCAUGGCAAACCAUUUUUACAAGUUUUCUGGGGUGGAGGACAGUUUCAUAUGGUAUACUCAAAGGGAAGCAAAGUGGCAUAAACCAGGUCACAGCCUUAUCUCAGUAGAAUUAUUGUAUCCUGACCAUGCCUGGGAACCUCUGGAGAGCAGCAGCUUCAUCUCCAUCAUUGUCAUUUUGUCUGAGUAAAAAAUCAAGAAAUAUAUAAUUAAUAAUGUGAACUGUUCAUUACCUUUACUAUAUGUAGUGCCUUUCAUAUUCUUAUGGUACAAUCCUAAGUAUGUUUUACUCAGAGUUCAGUCCUCUUGUCUUCAAAGCGGUUUACUCCCAGGUACGCACUCAAAGGACUGCAGCAUGUAAAAUUCAUGCUUGCCAAUGUUGUGUGUUUUUCAGUUCUUUCAAAAAAAAAAGUGUGUGUGGUGGCAGCGCAGCAGUGGCAAAGAAUAGUUUAUUUUUAUAGCUUCAAGAAUUCUGCAAGCAAAGCAUCUCUAUGUACAUGCUUGUGUUUGUAAGAUAUAACUUGAUACAGGAUGCUCCAUGUUAACGUGAUGUCAUUGUGUCCUCCUCAGACCACUUUGCCAAUGUUCAGGAAUAAGCAGUUCUCUGUGAAGAGGAGAUUCAGCGACUUCCUGGGCUUGUAUGAGAAGCUAUCGGAGAAGCACGCACAAAAUGGAUUCAUCGUCCCCCCACCUCCUGAGAAGAGUUUGAUAGGUGAGGUUGGUCAGUUGCUCUGCCAGCAACAUCUCUGCAGACCUCUGCUCUCUGUUUUCAGUGCAUCGUUGUAACUGAGGUGCCCUUGAUACUGUGAUCUUAAGCUUUCCAAGUUUAUCAACACUUAAAACAUGUCAUUGGAGUUUUAAGAGCAUAACACUGCGCAACAAGAAAGCAUCAUCAGCCCACCUUGUCCUUGUGCGCCUUGUGUGUGUAAUUGUUGGUUGCUCUUUGCUUUGCAGAGAGCAAUAAACACAUAAGGCAUACCUGACUUCCUUCCUAAUAUUGCAUCUCUGAUACUGGUGAAGUUUCACUGCCUGCUUCAGUUUGCAGUUCUCUACUACUCUGCUCCAAUACUCCAUGUGCCUCACUCAGCCUCUUGCAGCACUUCUGCCUUUGGGCUCUACACAGAAUGUUGUGGCUUUCUAUAGAGAGCAAUGCCCUUCUGGACACACAGUGUUCAUGUGACCUGUGCUGUUGCCUUUCUGGCUCUUUGACUUGCUCUGCAAGCACUGUUGGAGACAGUUGCGCACAGUGCUUGCAGAGUGGAGAGCAGUUGCUGCACCGAGGACAUGUUUGUCCUAUGAAAGCCACAGCGAGAGCAAGCUGAAGGCGCAGCACAGGUACAGCUGACCAUAUCGCUUCCUCCUUGUUCCAGGAAUGACCAAAGUAAAAGUUGGGAAAGAAGAUUCUUCUUCCACAGAAUUCCUAGAAAAACGACGAGCUGCCUUGGAAAGGUAAUCACUACAUGCAUGUAACUGUCUGCUGUAGUUGACCGUUGUCAAAGGCCACGGUAAGCUGUUCACUUGGCCUACUCUGCUAUGUAAAACUCUUUACCAAGGAAAAACGGCAAUAUAUGGAGUCAGUUCAUUGGUCCCUCUAGUAUUCUCUGAAUGGCAACAGCUCUCCCAAUCCCCAAGCAGAGAUCGCUCUGAGCCUUCUUAGCCAUAUGCCUAGGUGGGGGUGAUGGAAGUUGCCACCCAAAAUAUCUGGAGGGCACCAGGUUGGGGAAGGCAGCCAUAGAGCUUUAACCCUUCUCCUUUGUGUUGUCAGAGGAGCAAAUAUUGAAAGCUUUGGAAGAAGUGCCUGAAAUAAUUCAUAAUACAAAACACAGCCUCCUUUUCAUUCUUGACUUCUGAGGAGAAAUCCUCUGACUUCAACCUAAUAAAGAAAGUAUCUCCUUUGCUUUCAAGCUGAUUUUAACAAGGCAUGCUUUUUCUUAAAAUUCCUCAGGGUCAUCAUCCUGUGAAUUUCCAUCAGUUAUAAAACAUUCUCUGUAACCAUACCUUUACAAACAAACAAGCCUCUUCUAGCAUGAUCCUACUAGCUGAAGUUAAAUUCUGAUAAAAACAGGGGCUGGCAAAGAUAAUUAAAAUCGAAAGCAGGUUCAGGUAUCUCUCAUUGGAUAGGGAAGUGAGAGAGGAAGCAGGCACCGUUCCAGAUCUUGUUCUGCUUUGUUACACUUUUGCUAUCAGUGAUGCAGACUGCAAAAGGGUCACCUUCCUUUAAGACAUCACAUGUUUUGCUCUGUUACCUUUCCUUAUCUAGGAGUGUGCCUCUCAAAUGAGUUGGAGAGCAAACCUGCUAGCCAGCAGUUUUGCAGAGGCUGCACCCCAUAGUCUUUCCCUGAAUAAGUUACCUCUCUUGAUGUUGGGAGUGGAGAUGCCUAGAGCUUGGCUUCUGAAAUUCAGCUCCAAAAUGUCACAUCUUGCCUGAUGCAGUGCUUUCACCAGCAUUGCUGCUCCCCCAGUCUCCUGUCUCCCCCGCCAAGAGCAAUCACACAGCUCGACUCCAUCACCUGAUUCUAAACCCAGAAUCCCGCUGCUUGCCGUCUAAAGAGCCGUUUUCAAGCUGAAACAGGCCCCUUGCCCAUCAUGCCAACCUAAACAUCCCUGUCAUUCAAGUCUCCUUCUCCAUUAACAGCUGCCUGCACACAUUCUACACCCUCCUCCCUUGGUUGUGGAUCCCAGCAAAAUGCAAAUUCCACACAUUCCAAUUGUCCUGAAUGUUGUGAUGUCAAUGUGCAUUCCCCGCCCCUUUUAAAAAAAAUAAAUGCUAAAUGAAGAGAGCCUGGCCUCAUCCUUUCCUCUCCCACAGGUAUCUUCAAAGAACGGUCAACCAUCCAACCAUGCUACAGGAUCCAGAUGUCAGGGAAUUCUUGGAAAAAGAUGAGGUUGGUUUGCUGCCGUACCUGAGUGCGCAACACUUGUCUGCAAAGUGUUUCUGCACUUGGGGCCCUCUUUAUUUAUCUAACAUAGUUUAUUUGGUAAAACUCUUGAGGAAUUCGUUUUGUAGAUGUUCUCAGUUGGAACGAACUUGUACUCUCGGACACAUUGGUGAGCUGCAGAAGAGGUAGAAAGGCACUAACCUGCUCACAGCUGCUCUGUCAAAACAGAGAAACCACUUGUGUGUUCUCCCUCUGGUCAGCUGCUCUUGGGCCACUCAGUCUUGCAGCAAUUUAGUGAGCGACACGUGAGACCUGAUACAGAUUGACUGGGACUUACUCCAUGCCACUUCAGACUGUUCUUCCUGGAGUGGGGCUGAGGAGUUUCUGAUGGCAUAGGGAUUACUAGAUGCGUAUAACACUGAGGAGAGGUUGUUGUUGUUUUUAAUAGUCUUGUGCUCCAGCCCUAAGCUCUUGAGGUCCCUUCCUUAUGCAAGCCUUGUGAUUCUUUUUUGUCAGUAUUCUUUGGGUGGUAUUCAGCAAAGUUAACUUGGAGCAGAGCCAUUGAAAUGAAUGGAGCUAACUUAGUUAACUUUCUCCUUUUGCAGUUGUGUAGGGCUAAUAUGGGACGCGGGUAGUGCUUUGGGUUAAACCACAGAGCCUAGGGCUUGCUGAUCAGAAGGUCGGUGGUUCGAAUCCCACGACAGGGUGAGCUCCCGUUGCUUGGUCCCUGCUCCUGCCAACCUAGCAGUUUGAAAACACAUCAAAGUGCAAGUAGAUAAAUAGGUACCGCUCCGGCGGGAAGGUAAACGGCGUUUCUGUGCGCUGCUCUGGUUCGCCAGAAGCAGCUUGGUUAUGCUGGCCACAUGCUGUAUGCUGGCUCCCUUGGCCAAUAAAGCAAGAUGAGUGCCGCAACCCCAGAGUUGUCCGUGAUUGGACCUAAUGGUCAGGGGUCCCUUUACCUUUACUAGGGCUAAUAUUAGACACUUCAAUGCAUAGCAUGGCCACAGCUUCUUCUCUUUGUUGCUCUCUGUAGUUGUAACCAACUUCUCAGCAAAUAGGCCUAGUUUCAAUCCUCUGGUUUCGUGCUGAGGCAUCACGGCUUGUUUCUGCUUUCCUUGCUCACUGGUUCUGGUGUGAAAUUAGGCUUUCCAGUCAAUGUGUGGUUUUGUGGUGAAUUCUCAAAAAGUUGCCUAGUUGUAUCAUGUUCUCCUUUUUUUAAAAAAGGAAAGCAAGCAAGUUCUAGUUGCUAUACACAGUUCACAAAUCAUAAAUAAGUACCCAUAUGUUCAGGGAACACUUGGAAUGUGUUCUAGGAAUGGGACUGUAACAAUAUCCCUCCAUUGCUUCCAAGUCAUGGGCUUGUAUUCCUAGCAGCUCCAGAAGCAUAAUUUAGAAUUAGGUCUACUGGUUUUACUUUUUUCCCCAAAGGCUUCUGGGCCACUUGGUGUUUACCUAUAUACCUGAAGGAGCAUCACCGCUCCAUCAUUCAGCCUGGACACUGAGGUCCAGCUCCAAGGGCCUUCUGGAGGUUCCAUCAAUGCAAGAAGUGAAGUUACAGGGAACCAGGCAGAGGGCCUUUUCAGUAGUGGCACCCACCCUAUAGAACACCCUCCCAUCAGAUGUCAAACAGAUAAACAAAUAUACCCAUAGACAUCUGAAGGCAGCCCUGUAUUGGGAAGCUUUUAAUGUCUGGUGUAUUUUGUGUUCUUUUUUACUCUGUUAGAAGACACCCAGAGUGGCUGGGUCAACCCAGUCAGAUGGAUGGGGUACAAGUAAUUACUAUUACUAUUAUUGUUACUGGGUUGCAUGGGUUGUUCACUGAGCAGCCUUAUUGGAGGAGGAUGCUAAUCUUUAGCAGGCGAUUGGAUCGAAUGAGGUCUUGAUGCCUUGUACUCUGAGAGGCCUUCUCAGCUGUUGGGCCCAGCUAUCAUGAAAUUGGAAGAGAACAAGAUUAGAACCUUAUAAGAUUUCAAGAGCUACUCCAGUGUCCAGCACAAUAUGACAUGUUAGCAGCUGCACAAUAAACCCCUCUUCCCACCUGGUGGUCCAUCCCAGCUGACUAGGACGUAGCAUGGAAAGAAAACAGCAAGUGGGUCAGGCAGUCUCUUUCCAAAGCAGGGACCCAGUCCUAGGAGGCAGUUUCUAUAUGGGAAGAAACACCAUUCACAAUUGAUGGGCCUCGGAGCUCCUUUUCUGUUUUACAAGAGGCUUUUCCUAGUGCAGAAUACAGGCUGAUGCUUCCAUUUUCUGAACUGUAUGGAACUCAGGGAUAUUUUCUGCCAAACAUUGCUGCCUGCCUCUGUUUGGAAUCUGUCUGGUACCCUUUUAUACUUCAUGCUUCUUUCAUGGCCUCUUAAUAUAAGACUUCAAGUAGCUCAGUUUGUCAGUGCUGUAGAUCGGGGUAGGCAAUCUAAGGCCCGGGGGCCGGAUGCGGCCCAAUCACCUUCUCAGUCCGGCCUGUGGACGGUCCAGGAAUCAGUGUGUUUUUACAUGAGUAGAAUGUGUCCUUUUAUUUAAAAUGCAUCUCUGGGUUAUUUGUGGGGCAUAGGAAUUCAUUCAUUUCCCACCAAAAAAAAAAAUACCGUAUUUUUCGCUCUAUAGGAUGCAGUCUUUCCCCUCCAAAAAUUGAGGGGAAAUGUGUGUGCGUCCUAUGGAGCGAAUGCAGGCUCCUUGGCUUCAGCGAUAGCAACGCUAAGCCUCCGAAGCGCAGAGGGAGCGCUUCCUCUGCACUCCGGAGGCUUCCCGUUGCUUUCGCUGAAGCCUGGAGAGCGAGAGGCGUCGGUGCGCACCAACCCCUCUCGCUCUCCAGGCAUCAGGGAUAGCCGCCUGAAGGCCUUUGGAGCGCAGUGCAAGUUCCCGCUGCGUUCUGGAGGCUUUAGGUUCCUUUCGCUGAAGCCAGGAGAGUCUUGCUCUCCUGGCUUCAGCAACAGGAACCCGAAGCCUGAGGAGCGCAGUGGGAACUUGCGCUGUGCUCGGAAGGCUUCAGGGAUAGCCGCGUGCAACCCCUCUGGCAGGGAGAGGCUGCACGGGGCUAAAGAGGCUUGUGCCAUAGCCGUGCGCAACUCCUCCGGCAGGGAGAGGUUGCGCGGGGCUAAAGAGGAAGCCAAAACAGCGAGCGGGAUCCAUCCCGCUCACUGUCUUGGCUUGGCCUGUGACAUACCCGUGCACAACCCCUCCGGAAGGAGAGGUUGCGCGCAGGCUGUACGCUGCUCUUUGGGGCUGGGGGGGGGAAGAUUUUUUCCCCCUUUAUUUCCCCCUCUAAAAACUAGGUGCGUCCUAUGGUCCGGUGCGCCCUAUGGCGCAAAAAAUACAGUAGUCCGGCCCUCCACAAGGUCUGAGGGACAGUGGACCGGCCCACGGCUGAAAAAGGUGGCUGACCCCUGCUGUAGAUGAUCAGGCUUUACUCUCCCUACAGUUGCCACGAGCAGUUGGCACUCAGACCCUGAGUGGAGCUGGACUUCUGAAGAUGUUCAAUAGAGCUACUGAUGCCGUCAGCAAAAUGACCAUCAAGAUGAAUGAGUCAGACAUUGUAAGUUUUUAACAGCUGUAUGUUUGACAUAAAUGUAUUUCUUUGGGGAGUGUUUGUGGAAGUGAAUACCUAUCUCAGGGGUUGCCAACAUGGCGGCUUCCAAAUGUUGGCGGACCACAACUUGCACCAUCCCCAAGUAUACCAUGCUAACUGGGGCUCAUGGGAGUUUAACAGCAUCUGGAGGGCACCACACUGGUGUUUCCAGGCCUAGCUGGAUGUCGCAUUGACUUCCCUUAUAAUGAGACCUUGGUGGUUUUACCUCUUUCAGUGGUUUGAAGAGAAGCUUCAGGAGGUGGAAUGUGAGGAGCAGCGCCUGCGGAAGCUACAUGCUGUUGUAGAACUGCUAGUUAAUCACAGGAAAGGUAACAUCACAAUUCGUUGUCAUGGACUGGUUGGGCGCAGGUGGGAGGAACCAGUUGGGGAACCACCAAGCAGAGAAGGCUCAAAGCCCGGGGAGUGGUGGUGGGACAAUAAUGAAUGGUCAGAGGGAAGAAGACUGAGAAGAGGUAACAGGAUGUGGUGAGCUUGAGAGUCUGUGACAGAGAGCAGUCCAGAAUCAGAGGCAGAAGCUGGAGCAGGGGAGGAGGGAGGCCAGGAGGCAGAGAUGAGUCAGGCUCAAGAAGAGUCACAGGUGUCUCCCCCUCCUGCUGCAACAAGCUUCCCCCCAUCUCCUAGAACCAGAAGAGGCAGGAAAAGGGCAGAGGAGAGGUUGGAUUCACACAGGCACAGUCUCCGAUUGCUUGGGGGAAACCCUGGAGAGGAGGGCACUUGGGCAGCUGUGAAGAGGUGGGGGCUUUCAGUCUCUGCAACUGACCAUAGGGCAAGAUCUACCAGGGAUGAGCUGCUGUGCUCAUGAGGCCUGAUGCUCCGCCAAGUUUGUGCAGAUCAUAUUUUUGCUAAUAAAGAGUUAACUCCAUCUUGCACAGUGUGAUUACUGUGGGCUCGCUCCUGGCACCUGCUUUGUAAAGCUGAAAAAAUAUUGCAAGACUUCUAUAGAUCUCUGUGCAGCAUCUUGAGCAUGCAAAUCACAGCUCAGCAACCUUUUUCAACCCAAACUUGCACAUUCCCUUCUGGGCAACCUUCCAGGGGCUACUGAAGGCAAAGAGCUUCCAAGGGCAUGGGAAGCUGCCACGUGGCAAAUGGCAACAUGCAAUUAUUGGUAUAACAUGUGGCAAACUGUAAUCCAGGUCCUUACUUUCUGUAGCAUCUUCAGUCUCCAGCUGCAGCAUAUCCCAAAAUACCAAACGGUGAGGUGCAAGCCAGUGGAUUGUGUAACCAAUUGCUGCAUCUCCAAUGGUGAUCUUUGGCUGGCUUAGUUUCUCACGUUUCCUGCUGUGCUUAAUGCUUUCUGUUCCACCCACCAGAACUGUCAAUGAAUACGGGUCAGUUUGCCAAGAGUUUAGCCAUGCUGGGGAGUUCAGAGGACAACACCGCCAUGUCCCGGGCGCUCUCCCAGCUGGCUGAGGUGGAAGAGAAGAUUGAACAGCUGCACCAAGAACAGGCCAACAGUGACUUCUUCCUCCUGGCUGAGCUCCUGAGUGACUACAUCCGCCUUCUUUCUGUUGUGAGGGUGAGAAUGCUUUGACAAGAAGCUUAAAUGUGUUGAUGUGUAAUGCCUAUGUUCCCUGUCAUGGGCUUGAGAGCCCUAGGCCUGCUGCAUUCAGAAUGCUUCCAGGCCUGGCCCCAGAAUCUUGAGAUACAAACAAUAAGUCUGUGCUCUGAAUAAACCCAGGUGUGUGUCGCUGUACACAAGUUAGAACCAGGCAGAGGGCCUUCUCGGUAGCGGCACCUGCCCUGUGGAACGCCCUUCCGUCAGAUGUCAAAGAAAUAAGCAACUAUCUGACUUUUAGAAGACAUUUGAAGGCAGCCCUGUUUAGGGGAGUUUUUAAUGUUUGAUUCUAUUUUUAAUAUUAUGUUGGGAGCCACCCAAAGUGGCUGGGAAAACCCAGCCAGGUGGGUGGGGUAUAAAUAAUAAAUUAUUGUUACUGUUAAUUAAUUAAUUAAUUAGCUGCCUUUGCAAUGCUACUGUUCUUGACUGGGCUGUUCAGCGAGCUAAUUUUAGACAAGGGCAUUUUAAAUUGUCUCUAGCCAUUCCCAUGAUCCCUUCAUUCAAAUUCCAGAAUAGCAAUGAGUCUGUGGGUAAUCAAAACAACAACUCUCUGCUAUUCUGGCAUUGAUGACUGUGGAACACCCAGGUCUCAUCCUGCUGUUCCACUGUCCACAACAUGUGUUGGAGGUGGAGGGGGGUGCCAAUUUUUAAUUUUAUUUUUCAAAUUUAUAAUACAAAAGCACCAAAUUAAAACUAAUUUAAUACAUUUUUUCCCCCGAAAACCGGCUUUCCAUUCUCUCAGGUAUUUCCAUUAUUUCCCCUGUUAAAUGCUACUUAUUUUCCAGAUUUAUCUCUAAUUAACAUCCUUUUUUUAGCGAAUUUCUCAACCAUCAGCUGUCCCAUUACCAACUCCUGCAUAUAGAUAAAACAAAAUUAUAUCAAAUAAUAAGUGAGGUUAUAGUAAUUUAAAUCUUUCAUUUGUCUUUCUAAGUUUCACGUAACUGCAUUUUCUUAUCCCUGGAAGUUACUGUCCUCUGCCUGCUUGCACAGUCAUUCCCACAGAAACUCUUCUUUUCCAUCUUAAUUUAUAUGCAAACUCAAUUCUUUCCUUUUCAACGUGUUUUCGUUUGAGUUACCAGCCUCCCAAGGCCAUUUCUUACAUUCCACUGAAGAUGCAGCAUUUACAGCCGGCCAUUGUCUCGGAAGAGUACCAUACGUUGGAGGGUCUUUUGAUGCUCUGAUUUAACUCGUUGUUGUGUGUGGUGUUGCCUGAUGGAGGAGAGACCCGUUCUGAAGGUGUGCCCUUCCCUUCCAACAGGGUGCCUUUGACCAGCGGAUGAAGACCUGGCAACGCUGGCAGGAUGCCCAGAUCAUGCUGCAGAAGAAACGAGAAACGGAGGCUCGGCUGCUGUGGGCCAACAAACCCGACAAGCUUCAGCAAGCCAAAGAGGAGAUCUCAGAGGUGAGAGGGACACCCAAACCUAACAGGUCUCCUCUCUCCAUCCCUGUUGGUGUGUGUCUCCCUAUCCUAAUAAGCCCCGAGGAACUCGGAAGGGUUAUAUGAACCAAAUCUUCAUCUGUAAGCAAGGAGAUAUGGCGUAGUUCUUUCAGAGAUGAGCCCCUCCAGUUAGUGGGGAAACCCGAUGAUUUUAACAAAAGCCUUAUCUUUCUAUAUCUGCUUACAUGGCUGUUAUAGGGUGUUAAAACGUGUAGUGCCAAGUUGUGUGUAAUGAAGAUGUACACACACACUUCUGCAUCAUGACAAUCUGUCCUUUUCACAUUUCUGCAGUGGGAAUCUCGUGUGACGCAAUAUGAGCGAGACUUUGAACGAAUAUCUGCAGUUCUCCGGAAGGAGGUGUUGCGGUUUGAGGUAUAGAACUUGCAUUAAGCGCAUUGGAACCCCUUUAACUUGACAGUUUAACACGGCACUGGCAGACCGUGGAACUGGUUUCCUACCACUCUGAACUGAGAUAUUGCUGGGUGGGGGAAGUUGAGAGGUCUCAUAACUAGGUUUGACUUGGAUGCUGCUUUCACUGCCCUUAAUUUGAUAAACUUUGCCCUAAAGCAGAUACGCAGUAGUUGGUAGUCUGUGUGUCAAGGAAAGCUAAAGAUUUGGAUAUGACUGAAUGCUUUAACAUGGAGGUUUCAGUUUCCAUUGCAAAGCAGCUCCAGGAAAUGCUGGUCAGUCUUCCUGUGAUAGCUUGUGAGACUGGCCUGCAGGUAUUUAGGUGGCUUCAGAAUCUAGCAUGAAACAGACCUGUUGGCUUGAUUUUGCUGGGCAAAACUGCAACAGGAGUGGGCAGCAGCUAGAUGUGAAUCUAUUGUUGGAUCUUUUGGUGAUUCUGCAGUAGGUCAGCCAAGGUUUCUGGUGUAAGUUUAGCAGGAGCAACAGCAAAAAGCCUUUUUCUAGAUUGGGCUGCUUUAAAAGAACAGCACUGCUUUGGGGAGAAGCUGGUGUAGAUGCUGCAGUGUAAGUCCUGAGCUUCAGUACUAGUACUAAAAACCAGUUCCUCUGCAGGCACCCUACUAGUUCUAAGUACAUAUCUGCCUCCUUAUCUAAUUGCUAUUGCGCACCUGCCUUUGGUGCAAGGUUUUGGCUAGAAAUCGGGUAGAUCUGCAAACCGUAUGCCUGCCUGUUCCUGCUGCUCAAAACAGUUAUCACUGUUCCGUUACAGUAAGAUAAUUUCUGUGGCAUCUUGGGGGUUGAUUGGUUUUGUGGCAUCAAUAGGCAAAGCUUUUUUUUUUUUUUUUAAUUGGGCAUGCAGCUGUCUACAAAGCAGGAUGCCUUAGUAUCAAGCCAAAUCCUAGUGCCUGAUGUCUCAUAAGAGACUUGCUACAACCUCUUGUUGGGAUGGUUAAGUCUUCGUUAUUAUUAUUCUUUUACAUCCUUUGUCUACAGAAAGAGAAAACAAAAGAUUUCAAAACUCAUGUGACCAAAUACCUGGAGACGCUGUUACAUUCGCAGCAGCAGGUGAGGGAGCAAUCAGCCAUGUACAUCUUCCCUUGACUUUCAUCAUUUGCUGGCUAUUUAUCCCAGGAGACACCUUGCCGAACAACGCAACCCAGUGAAAUGCUUAUCUGUCUCGUUAGAGUUGCCCUGCUUUUGCUCCUAUCCAGUGCAUAAUGCCAGUGGGGUCCCAUAUGAGAACGAAACCUAGUGGACCACAAAGAAUAGCUGCCCUGUGGCCCUUCAGUAGAGACUCUCUCCUGUGUAUUACACAAGGCAGAGCACAGCUGUAUGUUCUUGCCUAAAGAAAGAUGUCCCAGCAGCUUGCAGGGCCAUGUUGAUUACUCACUUAAAAAAAUUAAGGAAGGAAACAAAGCCCUUCAGUGGGUGGUAAAAGGGGGUGGCGUUACUAGAUACUUUUAGAUGAGCAGUUAUGUUUUCCUUUGCUGACAUUUCCUCCUCUUUCUUGUGUCCUGUGCAGUUUGUGAAGUACUGGGAUGCAUUCCUACCGGAGGCAAAGGCCAUCUCCUAACCAGGCCAAGCAAACUCAUGCAACCUGGACUGAUUCUGCCUUUACUACAUUAUACCUCUUGGCCUUUCAGAUGGAUCCUGCAGAGCUGAUAGACUCCACAAGCAAAGCAGCAGUUUCCCCAGCUAGUAACUCUUCUUCUAACUGUAUAUUUUUUCAUUUAGGUUCAUAUAUAUAUACACACACACACAAACACACACACAUAUAUAUAUUUUCCUAUUGAAGAGACUAGUCCCCUGCUUAACAAGCCAAGACCCGCUGUAGGGAGCGGAGAAUGGGCAGGGGUUAUUGUGUAUUUUUUGGACUUUGGUAUUGGGCCCAGGAAUGCUUCCUGUGACUCCUGUGGUGCCAUGACGACUAUGUAAUAAAACUUAAAAUCAGGGCUAAUCUGUUUCUUAUUUCUGCAUUGUGGUAGCUCCUGGCAAGGAGGUGCAAUGAAACAAAUGUUACUAUCGACUGAAUAGCUGUGUUCUGGGGAAAGCAAUCAUCUGCCAGAAUCUGCCUGUCGCUUGGUGCCACAAGCAAACCCCUGGCAUUCUGCAGCAGGAGCUGGCAGGAGCCUUCAAAUGGCUCGUGCUUUGUUGAUGGUGUGUGUGAAUUGUGAAUAUUCAGCCUUACAUACUUUUCAGUCUACCUACACUUUCCCCUUUUCUUUGUAUCCACCAGCCUCAUUUUAUCCCAGGUUGCAAACUCUCCAAACCUUGCAUGCAGUUCUAGCGCAAGAGCUGCUUCUGCCUGAGCAGCUUGUUUUGAGAGGCUCACUGUUUGAAUCAAUCCUGGUGCUUUGGGGAAGAGCCAUAGCUCAGUGACAAAACAGAUGCCUUGCGUGCAGACGGUCCCCUGGUUCCAUCCCCAGUAACAUCUCCGGGUAAGGCUGGGAAUGUCCUCUUUGGAGAUUUGCUGCCAGUCAGUGUAGACAUUACUGAGUUAGAUUAACCCUAUGGUCUUGACUCUGUUUGAAUGCAGCUUCCUAGAUUCCCUUGAUUUGCAGGUGGGGAAGAGAAGAUUGCUGGCCAGUCUUUCAUCAUGCUUAGAAAAACCUGAUUUAAAUACUAGCAGCCAAACAUUGCCUGGUGCUUGCUAAUGCUCUGUAGUUUUUAGUUAAGCUGAAAACACUUGAUUUCUCGCCUGCUCAGAGUCCUUGGCUUGAUUUCGUUCUCCCCCACUCUGAGACAUUGGUGCUAAAGAUUCAAAAUUAGCUUGACCACAACCAUGCCCUUAAAAGCCUUGUAUGCACUUUUAUUUGCCUUCUGCUUUCAGUUCUAAUAAGCUGGGGUAGAAGUCUCUGCAAACUAAAUAUCAACUGAUAUUAAAGAGGAACCUGAAAGUC